AUGGGUUCCAAGGUCACUGCCAUGUUCUUCAUCUUUUUGAUUUGCAUGGUUUUGGCAUUGCCUCCAAUUCAAGCUUGUACACCUUGUACUCAGCCACACCCAUCAAAACCACACCCUCCACAUCAUCCAUCACAUCCACCACAACCACCUUCCCACACUCCAACCCAUCCCAAAAACCCACCAACCCCAAAACAACCACCACACCAUAAACCGCACCCAAAAUCCCCAUCCAAGAACCCACCCGUUAUAUCCCCGCCCACAGUAAAACCUCCACAGCACCCAAAACCCCCAUCCAAGAACCCACCCAUUAUAUCCCCGCCCAUAGUAAAACCUCCAGUCACUAACCCUCCUGUGACAAUCCCACCGCCUUCCACUCCCUACCCGCCUUACCCCGGCAGCCCUCCUGGCGGUGGAGGAGGCGGAGGGGGCGGAGGAGGCGGUGGUUGUGGUGGAUGUGGUGGUGGUGGAGGAGGUGGAGGUGGAAGUGUUCCGGGUCCAAACCCUCCUCCGCCCACGUCACCAACAUGUCCAAUUGAUGCGCUUAAGUUGGGGCUUUGUGUGGACGUGCUUGGUGGUUUGGUGCAUAUUGGGCUUGGGAACCCAGUUGAGAAUGCUUGCUGCCCAAUUCUUGGAGGAUUGCUUGAGCUUGAAGCAGCCAUUUGUCUUUGCACUACUAUAAAGCUUAAGCUUCUUAACCUAAACAUAUUCAUUCCUCUUGCUCUUCAAGCUUUAAUUACUUGUGGGAAGACUCCUCCCCCUGGUUUUGUAUGCCCUCCUCUCUAA